UUCAUCACUAAAAUUCUACCAUUUUUUUAGGGUUAGAAAAUGGCAUUGACAAACUUCAUAUUAACCGUGGCAGGCGUUAGCGCAGUGGUUCUUCUAUUGCGAAGCGACGUUAAACAAUCGGCUGCUAUCUUUAGACGCAACGUUAAACAUAUAAGGAAUUGGCUUGAAGAAGAAUCUUCUGCUGCUUCCAAGGCGGUGGAGAAGGCAAAGCCCAAGGAAUUGGAGUCCAAGGUUCCCCUAAGGAAAAGGACUAGGUUCUUUGUGGGGAGUUUGGGUUUAUUUAUGAUAAUAUGCAGUUAUUUUGAAUAUCUAGGAUUUUUAUUUAGAAUAAAUCUUGAUUAAUGUCUGGGUUUGUAUACACUUCAAAACUGCUUAAUUUUGUUGUUGAACAUUUUUCGGUUUUGUUAAUAUACAGAGUUGUUUACCUAAGAGUUAAUACUUGUUAGAAAUGCCAGUCCUAUUUUGAUCAAGUAGUUCAACUAAAGAAAUGGUGUACAAAGAGUAGAAAUAU